AAAAAAAUAAGAGUCAAGUAGGUAGAACUGUAAGACUGACAGCCUGCCCUCAGCCUGGGGAGACUAAGAAGAAUCAGAGCUCACAAUCAGCCCCCCCAAAUCCUCCUAUAAUUACAGGCAUUAGUAUCAAAACAGGAUCCAGGCAUAUUGUUGUUUUUUUUUUUAUCAUUUUACUCAUUAAGAAGCAAGCAAAGGACAACAGCAACAUGUGAAUUAAUGCCUUAAAUUCUACCUUCCCCAGGAAAACAAAGACUAUAAUGUAAGGGACAAUCCCACUAAGCAGCUUGGCGAGGAGUCCAGUCUUACUCCUUUUCUUUUCUGGGAGGGAGAUUCUGAAAUACACAACCUUCCCACCUACAGUGAAUAGCAUCCCAUUGUUAUGUAAGUAAUAAGAUCUCCAACAGGGAUGUGGUUUAUGGAAAUAUAAAAAUAGUAGGACAGUCAGAUAUUCCAAUUUUACCUUUUGACAAACAUUUUAAAAAUACAUUAUUACAAAUAUAAUGAAACCCAGAAACCUAUCCAACUAGGAACCCUCUCUGGUCUGUUCUUUUCCUGCUGUAAAAUGGAGAUUAAAAGUUGCUCUCCUACAUCUACCACCUGCCUCAGUAAGGUAUGUUCUGUUGACAUACAAAAUUUCCUCAAUUCUGUGAUGGAAAAUUGUCUGAUUCAGUUAAAGAACUGUUUGUUAGAAAGUUAAUAUCUGUUAUCUUCUGGUAAUGGACUCUAUUCUUACUUUCCUUGGGAGGAUUGUCUAUGAUGGUAAUAUAAUCAACCCCUGGGGUUAUAUUCCCUGAUCCUCACGCUGCUCUGCACCUGCGGUUUGCCUUUUGUCAGAGGUGGGCGUGCAAACCGGCAGGUGGGGGGGAGGAGAAUUCAAUGAUUUAUUUCUCAUGUGAACUGGGGGAGCCCUUUAUUCCACCUCCUGAAACUCCAUUAAAAGCCGUUGCUGUCCCUGGACGACCACAGAACAGGUUCAUCAGCAGGGAGCCAGCAUGGCCAGGAAGUCCAAAUUUAUUGACUACAUUGACGAAGCUUUGGAAAAAUCAAAAGAAACUGCACUUUCUUGCUUGUUUUUCACUCAUCAAGGAAUUCCGUACCCAAUCACCAUGUGCACCUCAGAAACUUUCCAGGCCUUGGACACCUUUGAGGCCAGAAGUGAUGACAUAGUGCUCGCAUCUUAUCCAAAGUGUGGUUCAAAUUGGAUUCUCCACAUCAUUAGUGAAUUGAUAUUUGCUGAAUCUAAAAAAAAGUAUGAAUAUCCAGAAUUCCCAAUUCUUGAAUGUGGGGACCCAGAAAAAUACCAGAGAAUGAAACAAUUUCCAUCGCCAAGGAUUUUGGCAACUCACCUCCAUUAUGACAAAUUACCUGGGUCCAUCUUCAAGAAUAAAGCCAAGAUAUUGGUGAUAUUUCGAAACCCUAAAGAUACGGCAGUAUCUUUUUUCCAUUUCCACAAUGAUGUCCCUGAUAUUCCAAGCUAUGGCUCUUGGGAUGAAUUCUUCAGACAGUUCAUGAAAGGACAAGUUUCUUGGGGAAGUUAUUUUGAUUUUGCCAUUAAUUGGAACAAACAUCUUGAUGAUGAAAACAUUAAGUUCCUAUUAUAUGAAGACCUGAAAAAGAACCUGGCUGCUGGAAUAAAACAAAUUGCUGAGUUCUUUGGAUUCUCUUUAACUGGGGAGCAGAUUCAAACCAUGUCAGCCCAGAGUACCUUCCAAGCAAUGCGAGCAAAGUCCCGGGAAACACAUGGUGCUGUUGGCCCGUUUCUGUUCCGCAAAGGAGAAGUUGGCGAUUGGAAAAAUUUGUUCAGUGAAACUCAGAACCAGGAAAUGGAUGCAAAAUUCAAAGAGUGCUUAGCAGGCACUUCCCUAGGAGCAAAGCUGAAGUAUGAAUCCUAUUGCCAAGCUUGAUUUCUGGUUAAUGCUGCAGGCAUGGAUAUUUUAUUUUGAUGAAUAAUAAUUAAAUUUAAAUAAUGAAAUAAG